UCAUUCUCUUGCUAUCUCAACAUUCUUAUUGAAUAAUAUAAAGUAGGCACUUGAAUGAUUGAUUGCAAAAAUGAAGAACUUAAAAGUGACAUUCCUUCAUCCUGAUCUUGGUAUCGGUGGUGCUGAAAGACUUGUGGUAGAUGCGGCAUUAGCUCUGCAUAACAAAGGACACAAAGUUCAAUUCCUGACAACUCAUCAUGACUCCUCACAUUGUUUCAAAGAAACAAAAGAUGGAACUCUACCAGUGACGGUGGUUGGCGAUUGGUUGCCUCGCUCCGUGUUUGGAAGGUUGUACGCACUGUGUGCUUACAUUCGCAUCAUCUAUGCUGCUUUCUACUUGGUGUUAUUCAGUGAUUCAGAACCUGACGUGGUAUUCUGUGAUCAGAUUUCAGCAUGCAUUCCAAUUCUCCACCUCAAGUUUAGAAAUGUUUUAUUCUACUGUCAUUUUCCUGAUCAACUUCUCAGUACACCAGGAAGUUUUCUGAAAACAUUGUAUCGGUUACCUAUCAAUUGGGUUGAGGAAUUCACCACUGGCUGUGCAGAUAAAAUACUAGUAAACAGUAAUUUUACUAGAGGUGUGUUCAAACAGACAUUUAAAUCUUUGAAUCAACAACCAGACAUUCUCUAUCCAUCGAUUAAUACACAAAGUUUUGAUCAAGACGUUUCUUACGAUAUCAACAACCUGUUGACUACACCAAUAAGAGAUGAUUUCAAUGUUAUUCUCUCUAUCAACCGUUACGAACGUAAGAAAAAUUUGAUGCUAGCCAUAUCGUCUUUUAAAUUGAAAAACUACAUGUCUGAAUCGUCUUAUAAUAAAACGUGUUUGAUAGUUGCAGGAGGUUACGAUACUAGGGUGUCUGAGAACAUUGAGCAUUUUAUGGAACUCAAAGAAUACGCUAGAGAGUUAAAUUUGACUGAAAAGGUACACUUUUUGCGAUCACCGUCAGAUACAGAAAAAUUGGCCUUACUAAAUAGAUGUAACGUAUUAAUUUACACACCAUCCAACGAGCAUUUUGGAAUAGUGCCCUUGGAGGCGAUGUACGCUUUGAAACCUGUCGUUGCUGUUAAUUCUGGAGGUCCAGUUGAAACUAUAUCGAAUGGUGAGAAUGGAUUUCUCUGCGAGCCACUCCCGGAUGAUUUUGCCACAUCACUCGCUAAAAUUUUGGAAGAAAAGUCCCUUCAAGACAGCUUGGGAAAAGCUGGUAGAGAGAGGUUCAAGAAAAACUUCUCAUUUGAAGCUUUCAGUGAAAAAUUAAACCAAGUUAUUGAAAACCUUGUUAAUUAACAUUUGAACAAUAAACUAAGUCACAAUUUUGAUCAUAAGGUAAUCAUGACUAAAGUACUUGAGAUUAAUGUUUAGCUGAUAAAUAAAUAAUAUUUUUAUUUCAAAUCGAAUAAUUUUUCUUUUUAUAUUAACUAGUCAUCACACUUUUAUAGCAUAGUUAAUUAUGAAGAACAAUACGGUUUUAUCUAAGCAUGCUUUGCCUUAAAAUAGCAGGAACCAAUCACAACUAUUCUAGAAGCAGGCUGUUUGGUAACCAAGCCUAACUUGACUGAAUAUUCUCAAGAAUAAUUUUAAUUUAGUAUUACUCAGGGAUGUGUGGUAGUAAGAAUUUCGGGUCCACAAUGAAUGUCUACCACAAUAUUAUCAUUAUAAUAGAUACGGUAGUCUACAUAACAGCAAUAGCUGCCAUGUCGAAGACCUGAUAUUGAAUGUUUUCCUUAUUCAUCAAAAACAAUGACAUUAUUUGUGGAUCAAUUCCAUAAUAAUUAGGUUAUAGCCUAUUUAUGAAAAUAUAUUUUUUAAAAGAUACAACACAUCUGCAUAAUAUAAUUAUAUCGUAAAAUAUAAUCUUCAAUUUCCAUUACGACCUUCUAGUCAAUCACUUUGAACUUUAUAUAACUACAUCAGUAUAACGUGUCAAAACUAUUCUUAAUUUGGUAAGAAAAAAGUGGUAGGUCAUCAGAUACAUACAAUAACAAAAUUAUCCACUUUAUUUGAAAAAUUCGGAUACAAUAUUGAAUAAUUUCACUUAUCAAUAUGGUUUACUCUCUAUAAAACUUGGAAUUGACAAAAUCUGUUUUACUGCCUUAACUUUUUGAAAUCAAUGCAAUAUUACCUUGUAAUAAAUGAAAUCUGAAUCAUGGGAUUCAAAAUUGGUGUUAAUACAUUAAAAAUUUGAGAAUUUAAAUAAAAUCAAUUGCUUUGAAUCUCUUUUGACUCAAUGCUAUAUUUUAAAUUAUGUUCCUCUAUGAAUCAAAUCAAUAAACAUUUAAAAACAA